CCGAUGGCUGCCUUUGAGCCCUGAGCAACUCCCGACGAACAUUGGCGACCUGCAAGACCGAGUGCAUCAGUGGCGAGCGCUUUCCCAGCCUCCAACUCCUCACCACGGCAAAGUGGUUAGCUGGCCGCUGCCUCGCACUCAGGACAAACUGACGACUGCCCUGCGGACGAGCACGCGCGCCCGCAUCCCGACUCUCGUCGGCGGCUAGCCCUCCCGCCUCCGAACAGAAAGACACGACAGCGCCGGCUUCUUGCAGCACAGCAUGGCGGGCAUCUUUGGUGGAGGCGCCGCUUCCCAGGCUGCUUCUUCCACGAGCACCCUCGGCGACCUCAAGCAGGACGUCGCCCUCAGCGACCCCCCCACAGACAGCAUCUCGGACCUCGCCUUCUCCCCAGCCGCCAACACGCCCGACUUCCUCGCCGUUGCGAGCUGGGACAACAAGGUCCGCAUCUACGAAAUUGCCCAGAAUGGCCAGAGCCAAGGCCGACACGCGUACGAGCAUAGCCAACCCGUGCUGAACUGCGACUUCUCCAAGGAUGGAACUAAGCUGGCCUCUGCCGGUGCGGACAAGAACGUCAAGGUUUGCGAUCUUGGCUCGCAACAGGACAUCGUCAUCGGCACCCACGACCAGCCCGUGAGAUCCUGUCGGUUCUUCGACAGCGGCAGCGGCACCAUGGUGGUCUCGGGCUCGUGGGACAAGACGGUCAAGUACUGGGACCUCCGGCAGCAGGGCCCCGCCGCGACGGUGCAGUGCCAGGAGCGCGUGUACACCAUGGACGUGCGGAACGACCUGUGCGUGGUGGGCACCGCGGACCGCUACAUCAACGUCAUCGAUCUCAAAAACCCGACCAAGUUUUACAAGACGUUGCAGAGCCCACUCAAGUGGCAGACGAGGGUUGUUAGUUGCUUCACCGACUCCGCCGGCUUUGCUAUCGGUAGUAUCGAGGGCCGCUGCGCGAUUCAGUACGUGGAGGAGAAAGACUCGAGCUCCAACUUCUCGUUCAAGUGCCACCGCGAUGCAGCCGUCAACAACGUUGUUAACGUUCACGCCGUCAACGCCAUCUCGUUCCACCCCGUUCAUGGCACCUUCAGCACGGCCGGCUCAGAUGGCACGUUCCACUUCUGGGACAAGGACGCCAAGCACCGGCUCAAGGGCUAUCCCAACGUCGGGGGCAGCAUCACGGCGACGACGUUCAACAAGACGGGCAGCAUCUUUGCAUACGCCAUCAGCUACGACUGGAGCAAGGGGUAUCAGCAUAACACGCAGAGCUACCCCAUCAAGGUCAUGCUGCACCCCGUUACGAACGAUGAGUGCAAGCCGCGUCCGUCGAUGAAGAAGCGGUAGAAUUCCUCUUCACUGCGGGAACGAGUCUAAAGGCACUGCGAUUGGGGGCCCAGGCGGACGCUUUGGCAAGAGCCGUACCGAAGCUCUUGGGGGACGAAACACGAUACCACAGGCGACCGGCGGCGCACGACUCCGGUAAAGGAAUGGAUGGAUCGAAUUUAGGCAGCCGGGUCUCAGGCAAAAUGAUGCUUUGUAUGGCACGGCAUCGCGGGCCCAAUGGGGUCAGUGUAUGCUAGUUGUCGACCGUACUGCGGUCGGUUUGCUUCUGUCGGCCAACAGGCGCGAAUCAGGCAGGUUAUUAGGUAGCUAUAAAAUCAAGUAUAAGCGCUC